UGGAAUUAGUAUACAUUCAUUUACCUAUUUGUGGUUGCUAUCAGUUGCUAUAAACAGAAAUCGCAAUACUUAACCAAUGUGUCUCUUUCACACAGAGUAAGAAUAAUUAAAUAAGAAUAUUUCAUAAAACAUUUGGAAAAUAUUCUACAAUUAUGAGUUACUUUAUAAUCAAUGAACGAGGGAAAAAUCAGUACGAGAACCUCGGCGAAGUUCGUACUCGGACACCAUUAUGCCCCGCUUUUGGCUUACUUGUAUUAGGAUUUUGUAUGAUAUUUGUAAUAUUGUUAGCAUGGAAUUUCAACAAUACAAUCAAUCAAACGAAUAACAUUCACGUAUAUUACUUGAAAGUACAGCGUUUACCCUUAAAUGUCGUGUCGAAGAGAUUCUUAUCUUUUGGUCUUGACACGUCUUUAUUACGCGAUAUGAAAAAUCUCCCAAUUGAAAAUGAGAAGUUUAUUACCUUGGCUCGACAUCUUGCACCCGCUUACGUUCGAAUAGGGGGGACAUCCUCGGACUGCCUGUUUUUUAAUCAGACAAUGCAAAUAAGUACCGAAAAACAGAUUAGUCCUGUGGAUGGACAAGACAUUGGUAACUUCACAAUUACCGACGUUGAUUUCGAAAAUUUAUAUAAUUUUGCAAUGAAAUCGAAACUACGCAUGAUUUUCGAUUUAAACGUAUUAAUUAGAGAUGCAAAUAAUUUUUGGAACAAUACUAACGCGAAAAGUAUCAUUUUAUUUGCCAAAGAGAAACAUAUGAAGUUAGACUGGCAAUUAGGAAAUGAACCAAAUUCAUUUCAUCAUGUGUUUAGUAGAAAUGUGAGUGCAACACAACUUGCAAAUGAUUAUUAUCAGUUAAAACUGUUAUUGAACCAAAUAGGAUACAAUUGGAGUAUUCUUGUUGGUCCAGAAGUAAAUCAUGUAGGGGAUGCUAAUCACAAGGGAGAGCAUUACGCAGAAACAUUUUUAAAGAAUGAUAAAGACAGUGUCAACUAUCUUACUUGGCAUCAGUAUUAUCUCAAUGGAAGAGAAGCACAAGUGACAGAUUUCAUUAAUGUAUCUACCUUUAAUUACUUGCCAAUGCAAAUUAGGUCUAUGAAUGAGGCAAUUAAAUCAUCAGGAAAGAAUAUUCCUAUGUGGUUAUCAGAGACUAGUACAGCUUAUGGUGGUGGUGCACCGGAAUUGUCAAAUAGAUUUGUGGCUGGAUUUUUAUGGCUUGAUAAAUUAGGAUACAGUGCUAGUGCUGGUUUAAAUGUUGUCACCAGACAAUCACUGUUUGGUGGGAACUAUGCUAUGGUAGGACCUGAUCUUAUGCCCAAUCCAGACUGGUGGCUGAGCAUAGUUUAUAAGCACUUUGUGUCAGAAAAGGUUUUAAAAUUAAUAUCAUUAAACAAUUUUGAUUGUGUACGAUUGUAUGCACACUGCACGCCUGAAAAAGUAUUGAUUAGCAGAGUUUCAGCAAUUACAAUAUAUGGAGUAAAUAUAAAUGAAGUUUCUACUCAUGUAAUUAUUCACGGGGUUCUUCCUAUACUUCAUAAAAAUGCAAAAAUCUUCUUAUAUACACUUACUUCUGAUGAUCUGCAAUCAAGACUGAUCAAGAUGAAUGGUAAAAUAUUAAAAUUGCAACCCAAUGGAGACUUACCACCAUUCCGGCCUGUGAUAUUAGAACCUACACAAGUGAUUACUCUACCACCUUAUUCCAUGGUGUUCAUGAUAAUACAUGGAGCAGAGGUCCCUGCAUGUAACACGUAGGUGUUAUGCAAUGAACCAACAGAAUUAUACAUUCUUUUAUAUUGUACAUUUUUUAAUAUAUUAAAAGUUUAUAAUAC